UCGGCGUCGACGAUCGCAUCGUCGUCAUUCCUCGUCGCGUCCGACUUUGAUUUUAAUUGGAGUCACGGAGCAACGCGAUCAAACUGAUUCGAUAACGAUUAAGUGAACGGUACGCCGCGCCGCGAUCAAUAAUUUAUAACUCUUAACGUGUAAACUCGGUAAACAGAAAAUUAGGGGAGACUUAGAUCGACGUGAGUUAGAUUUACGUUCGCUUUCGCCGUCGACUUCGACAGAUAGCUGCAAUGUAGAUUCUCGAAAAAGCGAACUGACUCGAGGCGUGUUAAAUUCGUUAUUAAAACAAUGCAGAUAAAAUUUUAGUUUUUGUGAACGCUCUGUUGUGGCUCUGUGCUCUUUUUGAUGUGUUGAUUUCUAAUCACUUGAGACUUCUGAUAUUUUUUAUUUUUUUUUUAUAGCGUUCUAUUGUCUUGACUUUAGACAAAUGCUCCGGAGUGAGUAAAUCUUCCAUUGAUUGAUGAGAAACUUUUAACAUAACUUACCGAAAACAUAUUUUAGAUUAGGAAGGUUUAGCUCAUCGACUUUAAGUCUCGAUAGUGAGCAACAAUCAUACCGGUGAACUGAUAAAGCAAGUCUCUAAGGUAACCGAGUUAAUAAAUCAAUGGGGGGAGGGCAAAGGAGGAGAAAGGAGGGAUUAAUUUCAUCGCGGCUCGCAAAGGAAUCGGAAACACUGCACGUUUCGCGAUGUCUUCGCGAUGCGAGGAAACCAAAGUUACAGAUGGAAGCCGAAGUCCGGACGCUCAAGCAGGAACUGGCGCGGACCCAGGAGGCCCUGAAGACCGCCACGAAGAAAUGCCGGGAGCUGGUGAGGGAGCUGGACCACCGUACCACCGGUCACGAGUCCGAGAAGAUUCUGCGGGAUCAGCAGCUCUCGAGGAUAUUGCGGGCGCUGCUGUUCCUGGAGGCGCGUCUUAAGCAGGAGCAGAAGUCGAUCAGGCAGAUGCUCUGCGAGAAGGACAACGUCAUCAGGAACCAGCAACUGGAGAUCGCGAUGCUCAGGCGGUAUACAAAGAACUAUAUUAAGAGCAAACGCGAUCGAACGAUGUCGGCUACCGAUGUCGAGGUCAACGUCGACAAGGAUCUGCAGAAGGACUUCGGCAAUUUGCGAAGAGAAACGCUGCAGGAGAGCGGUAUUGGCAAAGAGAUCGCGAGUCUGAAGUGCGAGAUAAUCAAGCGGUUGAACCCGGCGUCGUCCGGCAUCCUGGACGAGCUGGACCGCAACAGCGUGAGGAAGACGAACAGUUUCGCCGGUAGCGAUAUCUCGAAGACCAGUCUGACCAGCAGCGAGAACACGGACGCGUCCAUCGUCACGACGACGACGGAGGGUAGUCCCUCGUUGCUCAGCACGGAGGGCUUCUGCGAGGGCGAGAGCACGGACGUGUCGCCCGGCUCGACCCUGAACAAGUGCUCGAGCAGGUGCACGCCGACAACGGUGACCGACAGCGAAAACGAAACGACGAUGAUCGUGGAUGACGAGGACAUAACGGAGGAGGACGGUACGACGACAGUGUCGACGAAGAGGAGGACGAGGGGCCAGAAAACGGCGUCCAAGAGUCCCGACGUGAUUGAGGUAGUGGUCGGUAUCGCUAGAACGGAGAGCAAGGACGACGGGAUGGACUGUAACUUCGCCUCGGAGGACGAGGAACAGACAAGGAUAAGUAAUCAAGAGAGAGAUAAAGAGGAACCGAUUUACAUCAAUGCCUGCAACGAAGUGAACGAGAGGAAUCUACAGCGGACGGAGCAGUCGAGGACAAAAGAUGAUUAUAGCAAUAAUAAUAAUAUCGAGACAAAGCUCGAGACGCCUGAGUUGACGGUGGAGGACACCAGUGGAAAUUGGUAUAGCGAUCCGGAUGAGGAUCGGCUGAACGAUGACGUAUUCAGGCAUAGCACUUACCGGCCAAACAGCAAUCAUAAUUCCGUGUUGGAGUGCGUAAAUCAGAUCCUGCUGCAGGAUAUGGAAGAGGAAGAAAAUUCGGUGUUAUCGGUACCACGCCGGUUCAAACAUCGCGGCAGAAUCGUACGUUUUCAGCCAGCCAGGUUGUCCGACAUCGAGUCGGUGGGUUCAGAGAUGGAGAGGAAGAACUCCGAGGAAUCCGUCGCGGAUAAUAAGGAUUUAUCGAGAGAGGAGGAGACCGCGGAAAACGAGACAAACGCGUCCGAGGACGAGUUUGGCAUGAGGAUUGUUCAAAAAGAGUCAGACGACGACAGUUCAAAGGACUCCAAGGCGAUCCCGCUAGUCAUCAUUGAGCCCAAGAUCGACGUCGAGGAGACGCGAAAGAUCCUGACGAAACCUCAACCGACCAAUCCUCCGUUAAAGAUGGAAAGAAUCGAGGAAAAGACCUGCCUGCAGAUGUCCACGAGAGGAUUGACGAUCGCCAAGAAUCUGGAUUACGAGGAUAUAGAGUCGUUGCCGGAAAUAACGGCGACAUUGCCGACGCCGCCCAGAACACCACCGGCGUUACCGCCGAAGCCACAGUUUCGCAACAACACACUAAUCCUGAAAAAGAUACCUAGUCCAUCGUUCCUGAUUGAUGAAAAAAGGCAACAAGACCCAGGAGGCGCGGAUCCUAUUAAAAAAAGCAUUCUAGGACUGGUAUCUUCCUCGUCGUCGAAGGCGGCGAGGAGCCUGAAUCUGGAGGAAGCAAAGAGUUCGACCAGGAACUCGGCGAGAGAAACGAAAGGUCGCGAGGAGGGUGGAUUCUGGAAGAAUAGAUUCAACCAUGUGCGCUCGUCCUUCCAGGUGAGACAAAAGGAGCCGGAUCAGACGAAAGGUGCGGUCAGAGUGACGAACAUCGUCCGGCAUUUCGAAGAGUUCAAGAUCGGUGACCCCGAGGAACAAACGAAGGACAGAAAUCGCCCAAAGGACCGCCACGUCGAACUCGAGCACGAAUUCGAUAUCCGACAGAACUUCGAGGAGUUUAAUCUGGACGAGUGCGAUCUGUCGGACGAUCCCGAUCGACCUGAGGGUGACGGAUCCGAGAGACUUGGUCACGCGCGGCUCAACAACGCCGGCCAGACCGAGAACAGCAUUGCCAAAGACAACAACAAUGUUCCUGCUGUCGGCAACGGUACCAGUAGCAGCAGCAGUAGCAGCAGCAGCAACGGUGAAGUUGGAAGCAGCGGAUACGAUCACUUUCUGGAGGCGACCGGCCUCAGUAACAAGUCGAUCCUUACACCCUCGAGAUUGCUGAGCAAUCACAAGAGCAUGCUGAAACCGAAGGACGUGAAGUACAAGAGCAGGAUCAAGGCCACGGCGGUGCUGGAGAGGCAUGGGGUACAGGCGACUCCAGCCGGCAAUAUGACGACGCACGUCAGGCACUGGACUGGACCGUUCGUCUGACGAUUGGCCAGUUUUCUGCCGACUAAAAAUAUCUUUCGCUCCGCUGUGUCGGCCGACAACUCACCGAUAAAGGCGCAUUACAGAAGAUUUUGAUCGCUUUUAUUCGCUGAUUAAUUGAAGAUCUUUAGUCGCUGUUUUCGUGACGCAGCGAGUGACUCUCACUCUUAAAGUGCAAAUGGAAUUGUUGUAUACAGUAUUGAUCGAGGGAAUUCUUAACGAAGAUACGAACAGAAAAACGCAACCUCGUUUCCUUAGUACGUUAUGACGCUAAUGUGUGAGUAACUAACAUUUAUAUACACAUAUAAAUUACAUUAUUUUUCGUAUGCCUAUAAAAGAUACAUGAGUCGCUAGAUCUUGAAGUUGCA